AUGGCCGCCAAAGUCGAACUCCAGGCUCUCGUGAUGACUUUCAUUGAUGAACACCUGCCGACUCUUACCGAAUACGUCGCUAGUCAAAGCCGUCACGUAAACGCCGGGACCAAAACUCUAACAGCAAACCUCAAGGAGAACGUGGCGUCCAAGUUGUUCGUUGCUCUGUGCGAGGGCUCGAUCCCCGGCAAGCUCGAGGAUGUCAUGUUCGGCAUGAUGAGUCCCACACUCGAGUUUGUACGUGUCAAAUCGUCGUACAUUGAUGACAUCGCUAACGCUGCAGUUCUUUCCUCAGUCGUCAAACCAACACCUGGGGAUCCGCUGCACUCAAUCGUACUCAAGCGGACGCAGAUACAUAUGCCGCUGCAGUCGAUGAAAUUAGUGAAAAUCGAGACUACGUGUACACGGACGCCACGGGCAAUUGAAGGAUGA